AUCGGUGAAGGGUGAGAUUCACCGUUUAUACAUAACCGAAUACUUCACCUUUGGGUAACAUUAAUAUCCUCCCUCACUGCUGGCGCAGAUAUGUACUAUUAUAAAUAGGCCCUCCACAGCCUUCUUCAAUGAGAAGAUAUGCACUUCUUCUCUCUAAGUUGGCCGCAGAGUAUUUCCACAAGUUGUGAGCCCGGCUUAAUCAUUGUUAGCAUCCAUCAUCUAUUGGUCAGCAAUCAUUUCGUCCCCUUAGGAACUCCUGAAGCUAUUCAACAGUGAUCAUAGCCACCCCAAGUGUCCUUCUUAUCCUCAGCCUUCCAGUUAUUCAGAAUGCGUUUCAACACCAUCAUUUCCGCCACUACCAUGCUGGCCACCGCGGUCUCCGGCCAGCACACCGUCAACUGCUGGGGCAAAGCCCUGCACGCCGACAUCGAGAUGUUUCCGGAAGCCACCAAGUUCAUCCAAAACGGACAAGACCGCGUGUCAGUUGGGCCGAACGGGUGCAAGAACCUAUACUGCAGGGACGGUAUGAGCUUCCGCUUCUGUACCGACACUGAUAUGCCUCGCGUCAUGGGCAAGAGGAAUAUUAUUGAUAGUAUUAAUGUUCUUGCCACUGAAUGCAGGGGCGAAUACAAGGGAAAGACAGUUGCGGGCGGUGUUGUUGACCACCCUGACCACUGGUCUGUGGUUGUCCAGUCGCAGGAUGACUUUUGUCAACCUCGUUAUUAAACAUGGCUAUGGAGUGUCUAUUUACAUAGAUAUCCUUGCUUAUUGCUCGCCCGGGGAUAACAUAUUAUGAAUAGGCCUUCAGUUUUCCUUAGCUGCAUUCAAUAAGAUAUCGACUUCUUUAUUUGAAUAUAGAGUAUUUCCAC